AUGAACGAAACACGAAAAAGAACACACCAUCCGGACGGUUCUGGCCACACUUCGCUUGCCAAGCGGCAUCGGUCAGAUGAUGGCAACAACAAUUCGGCAGCGGCUGAAGUUGGUAUGGUUUCUGGGACGUCGAUGGAAUCACCCGAGAUGCUACGCAAUGGGAAGGUGCUGAAGAUAGUGCUUAAGAAUUUCAUGUGCCACCGACAUUUGGCGGUAGAGUUUAACAAGCGUGCCAACCUGUUGGUCGGUAAGAAUGGGAGCGGAAAGAGUGCCAUACUGGCGGCCUUGACAAUAGGACUCGGUUGCAACGCAGGACAAACGAACCGGUGCAACAGUUUGAAGGAUUUGAUUAAACACGGCGAAUCACAGGCGGUGAUAGAAAUCCAUCUCGAAAACACAUGCUUUGACGCGUACGAACGGGAACGCUUUGGAUCGCGAAUCAUUUGCGAGCGCACAAUACAGGCGUCUGGCGGUGGAACGUACAAGCUGAAGAACGAAAAUGGAUACGUUGUAACGACGAGUCGUGCCGAGUUGCUGAAGGUAUUGCUUGCGUUCAACAUCCAGGUCGACAAUCCUAUCUGCGUGCUGAACCAAGAUUUGGCCCGUUCGCUGCUGAAAGAUUCGGACGAGAGCAAACAGUACACGUUUUUCUCGAAAGCGACCCAGAUUGAUAGCAUCAAGCAGAAGCUGAACGAAUGCGCUACGAUCGCGAAACAGGCCCGCAACGUGCUGUCGGUGAAGGAGAAGAGCCUACAGUAUCUUACCAGCGAGAUUGAUGUGUUGGAGAAGAAGAAGCACAAUCUCGAAUCGGCCGGUAAGUUGGGCGAACUGAUGAAGGAGCUGCAGGCCCAUCUGGCCUGGCGCAAUGUGCUCGAUCAGGAGACACAGUUGGCGGCGGUGGAUGACGAGCUAAAAAAGUUACGAUCGUCGAUCGAAGAGCAGGAACAUCGCAUCAGCAACCGAGAAUCGCUGGUCGCCGAUACGGAGCGAAUGAUUGAAUCGCACCGGAUCGAUAUCGAGGGUAAGAAGACCGAGUAUGUUGCGCUGAAGGAAGCGUACACGACCGUUCGCGUGGCACUGCAGGAUGCGAUGACGAAACAGGCUGUUGUUGAACGGUGCAUAAGAAAUAACACGGACCGCAUCGCUAGGCUGCAGGGGGAUAUAAACCAAAUUGAGCAAGACUUGCAGCGACGGGAGGACGGUGGUCUCAGCCAAGUAGAAGCAAAAAAGAAACAGGUGGAGUCGGAAAAGGCACAACUUCACGAGCGAAACGCAGAGCUAACGUCUAUGAUAAAGAAUACGCAGCGUGAGGUGGACAUUAUGCACGACACGGUCGCAAACAUGAAGGAUGUGCGGGAAGAAAAGCUUCACGAACGGUUAGCAAAGCAAAACGAAGCGUCCCGCAUGGACAAGCAGCUGGAGCAAUUCGAAUCGGCCCCGCGCAGUAAGCUGGCAGUGUACGGUGCCAACAUGCCCGCCCUGGACGCUCGUAUCCGGCAGCUGCACCAGCAGGGCAAAUUUUCCGAACUGCCGCGCGGCCCACUGGGCCAGUACAUUGAGGUUCGGGACAAAAAGUGGAGUGGUAUCGUUGAGACCGCGCUCGGCGGCUGUCUGUCGGCGUUCUUUGUCUCGACGCAGGACGACUUUCGCACGCUGGAUGCGUUGCUGAAGCGCGAGUUUCCCGACCUGCAGAAACGAACUAUUUUAACCGGUCGGUUCGUGAAGGAGCUGUACGAUGUGCGUCAGGGUUGUGUGCAGGAGCAGGACGGGACGCAUUUGCUGAUGAACCUGAUCAAGGUAAAAGACCCGGUCGUGAUGAACCGGUUGAUCGAUAGUGCCUCGAUCGAUACGAUACUCGUGUCGGAACAUCAGAGCACGGCGAUACAGUUAACGAGCGAGAUCGAGAAUGUGCCGCGCCGUCUAAGCAAGGUGAUCGUGGCCGAACCCUGCUCGGAGUUCUUUCCCCAGCCCAAAUAUCGAUCGUACGGGUUGCAGCAGAAACCACCGCGCUAUCUGCAGGUCAGCAUGGACGAGCUGAAGCGCCAGACACAGACGCGCAAAGAACAGCUGCAACGGGAGGUGUUCGAACUGAACGCGAUGUUCGAAAAGGAGAACGAACGGCUGCAGGAGAUGUUGAUGAAGCUGCAGAAGCAGCAGCAGCGCAAAGAUAAGCUGCAGCGUGAGCUGCUAACGAACGAGCAGAAGCUGCAGCAGCUUGAUGCUCUGGUUUUUGAGGGCGAAACGGAGGAGGCAACCUUGAAAGCGGAACUAGAAUAUUUGCGAUCAUCCAUCAAUAAACUGGAGAGUGAUAUAAAGGCGGAAGAAACCAAGCUGGACACGAUACGUGAAACGGUGAAGCUGCAGGAGCAGACAGCGCAGGGCAAGAAGCGGGAAAUGGCUGCAAUAGAGGAGGAAAUAGCACGCAUCCAAGGCCGUAUCGAUGAGGAGCAAAAGAAACGACACGAUCUGCAGACAAGCCACAAGGUGAAGCAGCAGGCACUGGAACGUGCCAUGGCAAAUGUUCGCGAACGGCAGCAAACGCGUGUAGCGCUGAAUGCGUCGGUGGAACAAGCGCGACAGGACGCUCUCGGCAAGGGCGAACGACCCGCCAACGAAGAACAGAUCGGAUCGGUGGAGCAGCUUAAAAAGAAAAUCCAUACCACCGAUAAACAUAUCAGACAGGUGAAUGCAACCCAGGACAAGCUGGAGGACGUGCAGGAGGAACUUGAAAGCAAAAUACGCGAGCGGGAUGAAGUGGUCCGAUACUCGACGGCACUCCGCAACAUAACGUCGCUCAUGAACGAUAUACGCAAAUCGCGCUACAACUACUUAUGUCAUCUAACAUCGCACAUGUCGCUACGUGUGAAACAUAAGUUUAUGCGAAUAAUGCAGAUUCGGAACUACGUUGGCACGAUUCGGUUCGAUCAGGAACAGUGUACGCUCGCGCUUUCGGUGGUGCCGCGGGACAGCAACAUCCAGAAUGCCGUAUCGACCACCAAAUCGCUGUCCGGCGGUGAACGUUCGUACGCCACCGUCGCGUUUCUGAUUUCGCUCUGGUCGUGCGUGGACACACCGUUCUUUUUCCUGGACGAGUACGACGUGUUUACCGAUCAGGUUAACCGGCACACGAUCACGCGCCUGCUGCUGAACGAAGCGAACAAAAAACCGGACCGUCAGUUCUGUUUCCUUACACCGCAGGAUAUGAGCGACGUGAAGGCAACGGAACAUCUAACUAUUCAUCGAAUGGAAGAUCCACAACGGUGCUGA